AAAAGGAUGGUUUGAUAGAUCAAUAGAUGAUAAUCAAAUAAAUAAUUCAAAUCGUGUAACAAAUGUGAAUGGUGAAAAUUGGGAAUUGAGAAUGGUUAUUACAUCAUCUUAUUUAGAUUUCGUAAGUCAAUCUGAUCUGGGCGUUAUAGCGGUAAAAACAUUAAAUAUUUCUAAAUUACAACCUGGAUAUGUUGGAAAGAAUAUUACUGAAAAUAUUCUAUUAACGUUGUUUGAAAAUGGUAAUGUUGCAACUUUUAAUUUGGAUAAAGCAGAACAAGAAAUGAAAUUAUGGUUUAUUAUUAAAAGGCGAUGGCAAAUGUAUUUGGAACCAAUACGAAAGCAUAACAACAUUUAUAUGUUUGUGAUUCGUAUUAUUAGGGAAACACCCGAUUUUUGGGAACAUUUACAACUUGAUUAUAUGGA